AUGAGCAAUGCGCUCAAUCCUAUACUCGCCCUCACGGCGCGGUACCGCGCCGUCGACCGCAAAAGAUCCCUAACCGGCCCAGACUACGUCUGGCCCUUUGGGAACUUCCGCCACAUGUUCGCCGAGUCUCGCGCACUUAGCCAUAAAUGGCGGAAGGAGUAUGGCGAUAUCUACCGUAUCUGGACAGGGUUCUAUAGCGAAGUGUGGGGUCUGGGUUACUGGAUGCUCUCGCGCGAGAAGUACCAGUCUGCAAAGGCGUAUCUGGCCCGCUGGGAGGCGUUUCUCAUGCGUACCUCACAGGCGCGAAAAGACCAGACCGACCUACCGAUCACCAGGCUGUGGAGGGACGUUGAGGUGGGCAAUCUGAGUAAAGAUGAGCUCCUGCAAACCCUGACAGAGUCUACCGUCUUCAAUCUAGAGCCAACCUCGCACGCGCUAAUCAUGACAAUAUUCUUAAUAUCCGACAAUCAGGCCUUCCAAGACAAUCUAGUCGCCGAAUUGGACGCCAACCGGAGUGCCAUUACCCGGUAUCUUGGGCGGAAGGACACCCUGCUGCACUAUGCCCUCUUGGAGGCGGUGCGCCUACAGCCUGUUUUGCCAUUUACCCUCCCUGAAGCGGCAUCCGUCGACAAAGGUCUGGGCGGGUACCUAAUCCCCAAAGGCACUAGCGUAAUAGCCGACUCCUACGGCAUCAACGUCCGCAACCCCUUCUGGGGCCCCGACGCGACCUCCUACCGGCCCAGCAGAUUCACCACAUUGACACCAGCCGAGAUACAUCGGAAUCUCAGCAUGUUCUGGUUCGGCGCUCGAAAAUGUCUUGGCCAGUUUUUUGCGGAUAAGCAGGUCCGCGCAGUGGUAUUUAACCUGUUCGACCGGUACAAAGUCACAUGUAGUGAUUACAGUGGUAUUGCGCCUGGGAUCAAUGUAGAUAAGACGGAGUAUGUGGACCGGUUUGGGCUAGAGUUUCUGUUAUAG